AUGCCACCGCUUUCGCCAGCAGUGCAGGCAGUCCACGCCCCAGGCCUAAUUGACUUCCGGAAGCCAGCCGAGUAUCCCAUUGUCCUUGGCGAAUCUCUCAAGAACGGCUCGUCGUCAGCCAGUCAUUACAUCGACUUGCAAUUCAACUGGCAGCCUAAGGCAGGGUUUGGCGAUGCUGACAGCAGAUUACGACGUGCCGAUGAUGGUUACCGGCUCAAUAUCGACAACGCGAUUGCUCCGGAUGUGGCUUACAGAUACACUGGUCACGACCGGCAAUUGAGCAGUGAUGGUAAAGAAGUCGAUUCAUUCGCCCUCGUCUUCGACAAGGAGAGGUCUGUCUUCGUUCUGGAGACUAUUGCUCAUUCGAUCGACCUCAAUCUCGAGGCCGCUCCCUCACAAUCAAAGGAAGAUGUCCAACGUCUACCUCAAUUGACCAAGACAUCAUCUACAAGCAAGGCUCCCUCGAAUAAGCCACGCGACAAUGACGACCCCGAUCCGGACAAUCCGUUUGACUUUCGAAACUUCAUGGAUGAAGCGAAGGAGAACACCGAGAAGGCCGCCGGCUUCAAGAGCCCACUGCCCGGAAGCAGAACACCAAUGAGCGGCUUUGCAAGUCCUGCUAUGGGAGCUACUCGCUUUACACCCACCAUAGCUCAAAGCCUGCCCCGAGAGCCAAAGGUGGUACAAAGCAAGCCAAAAGUAGAGCCUAUCAAACGCAAAGCCAAACCGAUGACGAGCUCAGCGACGCUCAUGUCAUCAGCAGAUAGCAGGACUUCCAAGAUCCACGCACGCAACAUCUCCACCAACAUCGGUAGCACGCCAGACAUUGUCGUCAACGACGAUGAUGACGACAUUCUCAAGAUGGAUCAGGACUCGCCACCGCAGCAAGCGACGAAGCGCAAGCGUCGUAUUGACCCGGAGAUCUUCCGUAGCCAUACCAGUACGCCAGUCCUUGGACAAAGUCCGCGUGUCGCCCAGCAGCAGCAGCGACCGCGGGACCGAGAUGUCGAGAUGAGGGACGUCCGCGAGGAUGAUGACGUCGAUGAACUCGAGCUAGGCAGUCCGAGGGCACACAGGUCUGCGACAUCGAGGCAAAGCAAGCAUACUAAGAAGGCUGCCGACCGAGACCACGACAUAGCUCCCACACCGCCGAACCAGAAUGUGAGCGAGGAUGAUGAAGUUGCUGAGUUGGAAGAUCUGUUGGGAGGCGACGAUGACGCCGAUACAAGUGUUGGUUUGGGAUUGGGCAUUACUACUGGUGGCAGUGCGCCAGCGGGUGGUGACGACGAUAGUGAGGUCAGCGAGGAAGAAUGA